AAUUAUAUGCAAAACUGUCUCCUUCUGGGUUUUUUCCCAGAUUCUGUUUUUUUCCAGUUGUAACAGGGCUUCUUAUCUUGCCACCUGUUACUUGGCCUUGCUGUUACCACCAUUACAUCAUCCAAUUACAUCAUCCUCUCGCUCUCGACCAUCUAGUUCACUGUGAACUUCACCUCGACCAUCUAGCCAGGUGUCACUGUGAACUCCUUCACCCCCUCGACCAUCCAGCCAGGUGUCACUGUGAACUCCCUCACCCCACUCCUUGACUGCUGGUCUGGUCUGUUUAAGAUGUGUACAGGCCUUGAAGUCUCAUAAUAAUUACAGUAAUAUCAAAGUUUAUAAAAACCAUACAUGCAUCCGUUAAGUCAUAGAAAUCCACCACAGUAUGAUAAGAAUACAUCGAUACAGGUUAAUACAGGUUUAAUCAUUAAGUAAAUACUGACUCAGAUAAACACCUGCAGAGUUCCAAAUGAUAUUGCAAUGCAAUGUGACUGCAUGGCCUAUAAAAGGCCCAUGAAGAAGUUGUUGAUACACUACAACAAUCUCGGUGCAGCCAUGAAGAAGGUUCAUCUCCUCUUUUUGCUUCUUGCCUCUGUCCUGGUUAAGGCCAAAGAUUUGCGCUGGGUGAAUUCUUACGAUGAGCGUUUUCAUUUUGCCUGUCCCACCGGCCAGUCCAUUUAUCACAUCAUUAGUCAACACAAGAAUGAACAUGAAGACCGGCUUUGGAAUUUUUCGUGCAAAUACACUUUGACAUCUGUCUCAGGCUGUUUAAGUUACUAUGAUGUGAAUGAUUUUGAUGACGAUCUAAACUUCCAGUGCCCUUAUCACAAAGUGAUUACAGAGAUUGGCAGUUAUCAUGACAAUCAUCAUGAGGACAGAAGAUGGUCUUUCACGUGCUGUGGAGGAGGCGGCUACUGCACUGGUAGCUGCUCUUGGACUAGUUAUCAGAACAAUUUUGAUGGUCCCCUGGAUUACAUUGUUCCCUCAGGUUAUUACCUAGUUGGGGCCUCCAGCUACCAUGAGAACAAGCAUGAGGAUAGACGCUGGCAGUUUUUGAUCUGUUCUAGCGGCUGCUAGUGCCUUCCUUCAUUCUGAGAAAAUAAAGACUUUUAGCUAGUUCUGCAUUAAA